CGGUCGGUCCUUCGUUCUGUCCGUCUUCCUCACCCUGUGGGCUCUGUUUCUUUUGUUGCGCAUAUCUUGCUACCAUCAGUUUCUGGCGGUACUGUCAGUUAUCCAGCGAUACGUGCAUGACAGCGCCUUUCUAGCUAGCUCGCAAACAUGUGGCUUACAGAUGGUCAAAAAAUCGGUGUUGCGCUGACGUCGUUCGGUGCCCUCUUCAUGCUCCUUGGCGUCAUCCUGUUCUUUGACGGAGCACUACUAGCUUUGGGAAACAUACUCUUCCUGUCCGGGCUGACGCUCAUCAUUGGGCCCUCGAAGACGUUCUACUUCUUCGCGCGGAAACAGAAGCUCCGAGGAACGGUCUGCUUCAUAGGCGGGAUCCUGCUGGUGUUCUUCAAGUGGCCCUUCGUAGGGGUGAUAGUCGAGACCUUCGGCUUCCUAAAUCUCUUCGGGGACUUCUUCCCAGUGAUCUUGACGUUCCUCCGCCAACUGCCGGUCAUAGGCCAGGUACUGUCAUUGCCUUACAUACGGGACGUUGCGGACCGCGUCGCGGGCUCAAGGACGUCGAUCGUGUGAUUCUAGACUAUUGUUCAUGUCCAGUGUUCUACAAGAUGAUUGGUAUGGCGCCGCGAAGCGCGACUGCCGUGUUCUGCAUACCGAGGGCUCUACCUCACACCACAUGCUGCGGUCCAAUAUGGUGUGCCAUGCAUGCCUAUACAACGCGUGACCGUCUACGGCUGAUGGAUCCCUGCAAGGCUAUACGUGAGCACAGUCCUCGAUUCGUGUCCAGAUGCAGAGUACUACUCCCGUCGUCUGCCUGCGGGUACCGACACCGCAGUCUGCGCGUGCAGUCUAACUUCGUGCCCAAAACAUGUGGCAGUUACCCGUCGACCGCAGCCCCCUUCACUUCCGGAGAUAUGCACCGCAAGUAUCUGAGCGUUUGCGCAGCCUCUGAGCGAUGAGCGUGUUCGCUCGUUCCCG